CCACCAGACGCCGUCCCAUUCCCCAACCUCCCUCUGUCCAAUCACAGCAACCCCGAAUAUCAGCACGUACCCCGGAAGGUCGCCCACGCUCCAUCAGAGCCGAGGCUCGCGGCACGACUUCCAGACAUGGCUGAGCGCCGCCCAUUCCCCCCAGACCGACGUCAACCGCUGGCCGCCCUACCUCCUCGAAUAGUGUGA